AUGAAGCGCGCUCGCCAGGACGACUCCGUGGCCCGCAUCGGCCAGGCGCUGCUGGACUCGCGCCAGCAGCGACGACGAGGUGCCAAGAGUGCAGCUGGUGCCGUCAGCGGAGAAGCACGAGCUUCCUCCGGCGACAGGUCGGCGGUGCGCAACCAGGAUGCAUCGCAGAUCCUGCGGCACGGCUUUGUUGAGACGCCAUCCACCCUCCUCGAGCCAUCGCUGCGAGCGGCACUCCUAGCGCGCGCGCAGGCGGGCGGCGGCCACGACAUCAGCAACGCAAAGGAGCUGCGCAUCGGAGGCUCGCUGCUGCAGUGCGUUCGCGACGCCGUGUGCUCGUCUCCCACCGUGCGGCAGGCGGCGCGUGAGGUCUUCAGCACGCCGUACGUCUCGAUUCCGUACGUCUCCGUGCUCUCGACACACCCUGGGCAGCAGCCGCAGCUCCCGCACGCCGACGACACGUGCAACCGCGAGCUCAUUGGCCUCAUCCACCUGCGGCCGGGGCAGGCGCCGACCCGCUGCGCUCCCUACGACAGCAGCAGGACGUGGCCCACGGGAUGGACGGCCAAGUGCACCGCGUGUGACGCCGCCGUCCCGCUCACCGACAAGAUGUACCGCGAGCGCCGUCACCUCCGCAUCGGCUUCCGGGCGCGGACAUAG